GUGGCUGUUGGAAGCUUCUGUGGCAGUUGGUAGAGACCACCAGUUGGACCAAUGGAAGGGUCUCCAGCAGGACCCAUUGAGCAGAAGGAGGCCAGGUGGGAAAGCUCCUGGGAAGAGCAGCCAGACUGGACACUGGGCUGCUUGAGUCCUGAGUCACAAUUCAGAAUUCCUGGGCUCCCUGGGUGCAUUCUAUCAUUCCAGUUGAAAGUUUGCUUCCUUCCAGUCAUGUGGCUCUUCAUUCUACUCUCCUUGGCUCUCAUUUCAGAUGCCAUGGUCAUGGAUGAAAAGGUCAAGAAAAGCUUUGUGCUGGACACGGCUUCUGCCAUCUGCAACUACAAUGCCCACUACAAGAAUCACCCCAAAUACUGGUGCCGAGGCUAUUUCCGUGACUACUGCAACAUCAUCGCCUUCUCCCCUAACAGCACCAAUCAUGUGGCCCUGAGGGACACAGGGAACCAGCUCAUUGUCACUAUGUCCUGCCUGACCAAAGAGGACACGGGCUGGUACUGGUGUGGCAUCCAGCGGGACUUUGCCAGGGAUGACAUGGAUUUUACAGAGCUGAUUGUAACUGAUGACAAAGGAACCCUGGCCAAUGACUUUUGGUCUGGGAAAGACCUAUCAGGCAACAAAACCAGAAGCUGCAAGGCUCCCAAAGUUGUCCGCAAGGCUGACCGCUCCAGGACGUCCAUUCUCAUCAUUUGCAUACUGAUCACGGGUUUGGGAAUCAUCUCUGUAAUCAGUCAUUUGACCAAAAGGAGGAGAAGUCAAAGGAAUAGAAGGGUAGGCAACACUUUGAAGCCCUUCUCGCGUGUCCUGACUCCAAAGGAAAUGGCUCCUACUGAACAGAUGUGACUGAAGAUUUUUUUAAUUUAGUUCAUAAAGUGAUGCUACAACAGAAUAAUCACCAUGACAACUGGCCCACACCUCAGAGACUGAUUCUGAUCUCCCAGGAAUUCUGAAGGACCCUCUAUCCUUGACAACAAUCAUUUGCAGCCAGGUAGCAAUGGCGGUAGUCAGAGGAGCUAUGAUAGACCACACCCAAGCAAGGCUGCCCUCAAAUAACAUCUCAAGAUCUUAGUUCUUAUGCAUUCCAUCAGUCAGAAGUGAAGAAGAGGUGGAGAAUCUGGAUUGGGGACCAGGAAAUCACUUGUAUUUUGUUAGCCAAUAAAUUCCUAGCCAGUGUUGAAUGAA